AAAUCGGUACAGUGAAACCCUGAUUCCAUUCCAAUCCAUCUCUUCGCAACUUAAAAUCAAACCUGUCACUAUAUUAUUUCCAGAUCUUUUACUUUUUCCAUCUCUCGCGCGCACAGAAGUUAUAUAUUUGAAUUUUCAGUUUUGCAGAAGCCCUAGCGAUGAACCACUAUCACAUUUACGAGGCCAUCGGCAAAGGAAAAUGCUCGACUGUGUAUAAAGGGAGAAAGAAGAAGACGAUAGAGUAUUUUGCUAUAAAGAGCGUAGAUAAAUCUUAUCGAAACAAGGUUCUUCAAGAAGUCAGGGUCCUUCACACUCUGGAUCACCCUAAUGUGCUGAAAUUCUACUCAUGGUAUGAAACAUCAGCUCACCUAUGGUUGGUUUUGGAAUACUGUGUUGGAGGAGAUCUCUUGACUUUAUUGCAACAGGAUGGUAAGCUUCCAGAAGAUUCCAUACAUGAUUUGGCUUGUGGCAUUGUCAGAGCUCUGCAGUACUUACAUUCGAAAGGAAUUAUUUACGGUGACUUAAAACCGUCAAACAUUCUACUGGAUGAGAAUGGACAUACAAAGCUAUGUGACUUUGGAUUAGCUAGAAAACUGAGUGAUAUAUCCAUAACACCUUCUUCCCAGUUGCCACAAGCAAAACGUGGAACCCCAUGUUACAUGGCUCCUGAAUUAUUUCUGGAUGGAGGGGUCCAUUCCUAUGCUUCUGAUUUCUGGGCUCUUGGUUGUGUCCUAUAUGAGUGUUAUACUGGGAGACCUCCAUUUGUUGGGGAGGAAUUCACUCAACUGGCAAAAUCGAUCCUUUCAGAUUCAAACCCAGUUCUUCCUGGCACCACGAGCUCUCCCUUUGUUAACUUAAUAAAUUCUCUUUUGAUCAAAGAUCCAGCUGAAAGGAUACAGUGGUCUGAACUUUGCAGUCAUGCUUUUUGGAGAUCAAAAUUUGCUCCACUACCAUUAUAUUUGAGUUGAACAUCUCUUUUUCAUAUUUUUGCUGGAAUCUCUGAGACCUGAGUUGCUCCGGAGUUUAUAUCUUCGGAUUCUUCUUUAAGAAAAUUCGUCCUUUUUUGUAUGUGUAGGAUAGAUUGGUAUAAUUCCAUGACCUUGACUUUAUCCAUCAGCAAAUUAUAGAAUUUGCUGAGAAAAUCUGUAAUAAAAUUAUUAACUCCUUUAAUAUGGAUUAUAUCAAAAUUAUAAAAUGCUAAAUAAGCUUGUCAUC